CGGGGCGUGGACAGACACAGCCCGACCAUUCUCUGCUCUUAACAUUUUGAGGAGACGGCCGACUUUCAGGAAAAAAAAAGAAACCGACAAGAAAUCAUCCGUUUAGCAGCUGGUUAUAUGUUCCUGAUUUCAAAAAGGACUGAAAGAGCAAACACUCAAGGGAGGCAACCUACAGCAUAACCAUGGAUGACAUCUUCACGCAGUGUCGAGAAGGAAACUCUGUGGCAGUUCGUCUGUGGUUGGACAACACAGAGAAUGACCUCAACUUGGGUGAUGACCAUGGCUUCAGCCCCCUCCACUGGGCAUGCAGGGAAGGGAGGAGCGGUGUUGUUGACAUGCUCAUUAUGAGAGGUGCUCGCAUUAAUGUGAUGAACCGCGGAGAUGAUACUCCAUUACAUCUCGCUGCCAGUCACGGCCACAGAGAUAUUGUGGCUAAGCUGAUUCAGUGCAAAGCAGACCCCAAUACUGUCAACGAACAUGGAAACACACCACUCCACUACGCCUGCUUCUGGGGCCAAGAUGAAGUGGCAGAGGACUUGGUGGCCAGUGGUGCCCAGGUGUGCAUAUGUAAUAGGUAUGGACAGACACCUCUUGACAAGGCCAAGCCUCACCUAAGACAGUUGCUUCAAGAAAAGGCAGAGAAAAUGGGGCAGAGUUUGACCAAAGUGCCCUACAAGGAAACUUUCUGGAAGGGCACCAUGAGAACACGACCUCGUAAUGGUACGCUCAACAAGCAGGCUGGUAUUGAUUAUAAGCAGCUUUCGCUCCUGGCAAAGAUCAACGAAAACCAGUCAGGAGAGUUAUGGCAGGGUCGGUGGCAGGGGGAUGAGAUUGUAGUGAAGGUGUUACAGGUGAGAGACUGGACCACCAGGAAGAGCAGAGACUUCAAUGAGGAGCAUCCUAAACUACGGAUUUUUUCUCAUCCAAACAUCUUACCUGUUCUUGGGGCCUGUCAGUCACCUCCAUCACCUCACCCUAUCAUCAUUACCCACUACAUGCCAUACGGAUCCCUAUUCAACAUACUGCACCAGGGCACUACUCUGGUGGUUGACCAAAGCCAAGCAGUGAAGUUUGCACUGGACAUUGCCAGUGGCAUGGCUUUCCUGCACACAUUGGAGCCAAUGGUUUCACGGCUUUAUCUCAACAGCAAACAUAUUAUGAUUGAUGAAGACAUGACAGCCAGAAUAAGCAUGGCAGAUGCAAAGUUCUCCUUCCAGUGUCCUGGUCGUAUGUACUCUCCAGCAUGGAUGGCCCCUGAAGCCCUGCAGAAGAGGCCUGAGGACAUCAACAGGAGAUCCGCUGAUAUGUGGAGCUUUGCAGUGUUGCUGUGGGAGCUGGUUACCAGAGAGGUCCCCUUUGCUGACCUCUCACAUAUGGAGAUAGGCAUGAAGGUGUCUCUCGAGGGUCUCCGGCCGACCAUUCCCCCAGGAAUUUCACCUCAUAUCUGUAAGCUGAUGAGGCUCUGCAUGAAUGAAGAUCCAGCCAAGAGACCCAAGUUUGACAUGAUCGUUCCCAUUCUGGAGAAGAUGCAAGACAAGUGAACGCCUCCACUGCAACAUUUGUCCACUCCUGUUACCAUGUUUUUAUCCUCAAACCACUCUUUAUUUCACUUCAGACAUGUAUCUGCUAAGCCACUGUAAAUAAUGUCAGAAACCACUUUAACCACGCAGUUCAAACAACAAACGAGUAUUAUAUUGCUUUUCUUGUAUAAUUUAAAUUUGAGGUAUAAAUGUUCUUUAGCUGAUUGCAGUAUUUUGCUCUUUUAUUAUUGCUAAGAUGUGUUGAUUUAAAUAUUGGCAAAUGUUUUAAUCCAGUGUGGAUUAUAUUCAGUAAUAAAUCAAAUACAACUGCUCAGAACCAAAGAAAUGUGUAUAGAGAAAAUGCUUUUAUACACGUGAACAAAUAUCAAUGCAAUAAAUGUUUUAUAUUUAUGACAAAUCCGUCAUUCUUCUAUUUGAGCACAUUGUCUUCCUUUUAUGAAAAAACCUCAUGUUCAUAAGUUUUUGCACAAAGUGUGCUUGCUGCAAUUUUUUUCAAAGGUUUUAGCCACAUCUCAUGGCCUUCAUCAGCAGGAGUUUGUUAUGGAGAUGGCAAACUGUCAUCUGCUGAUGAUGGCCACAAGG